AACCAACCGCCGGAAGUGGAAACCUGAAAUCCAGCGUGCAGCACAAAAAGAGUCAGAGGGCUCAGGGUUAGAGGUCCAGGCGGCCUGAACUCGAGAAGGAGCUGCAAUGAGACACUGACCGAGUUUCGGAAUUUAUUUAUCUCAAUUUGUUUCCGCUAUUUGAGCCAAAGUGUCCCGCCAUGUCGGGAGCAUUAGCCAGGCUGCUCUUCUACCCGACGCUAGCUUACAAUGUUGUCAUGGAGAAGGUGUCCUCCCGCCGGUGGUUCGACCGGGUGGACGAGACGGUCCUCCUGGGAGCGCUGCCGUUCAGGUCCAUGACCAAGCAGCUGGUGGAAACGGAAAACGUUCGAGGAGUUAUCACCAUGAACGAAAAAUACGAGACCAAAUACUUCUGCAACUCGGCUGAGGAGUGGCGUGCCGCCGGCGUGGAGCAGCUGAGGCUGAGCACGGUGGACCUGACGGGCGUCCCCAGCCUGGAGAACCUGCACCGCGGCGUGGAGUUCGCCCUGCAGCACCGGCAGCAGGGCGCCAGCGUCUACGUGCACUGCAAGGCCGGGCGCUCCCGCAGCGCCACGCUGGCCGCCGCCUACCUCAUACGGUUGCACUGCUGGACUCCAGAGCAGGCCUGUCAGAAGCUGGCGUCCGUUCGGCCGCACGUCCUGGUCCGCACGGCUCAGCUGGACAUGCUCCGGAAAUACUACCAGCAGGUGUGCGGUCAGACGGGCUGAGAGCCCAGCGGGCUGGAGGAACGGACUCACAUCCAUCAAACAUGGCUGCUUUCAUAGUGUUUUAUUAAAAUCUGCAGGUUUUUAUCUAUUUAUGACAAAUCAGUGGACAAGGGGUUUUAAGAUUUAGAAGUUUGUAUUAAAGUGUCAUUUUUCUGCUAAACAACCCUUAAAUACUUCAUGAACAACCAUGUUGUUAUUUUGUCAGCUAAUAUCUGUGAAACUAAAAUAACCUGCAUGCUUUUGGGUGAAGGAUAUUUCAAUUAACAUUGAACAAAGAUGUUAUUGUGUUUAUUAUUGAAGUUUUAUUGCAAUUUUAAAUAUUUCCACAGUGGCCUUAUGACAAUGAAGUUAAAUAAAUGUUUGAGACAUAUAUACAGAGUUAAUGCUU